AUGGCUUCUAUCAUACGAUCAUCCUCCGCCAUCAACGGCGUCUGUCGUCUCGCUCGACCUGCUUUCAUUGCUACCGCAGGAUUCGCAUCUUCCUCUCGACAUGGAUUGGAUUUUACUCGACCUUUAUUUAACCCCUCACCUGCCAAACCCACCAUCUUGAUCGAACAAGAACUUAGUUCAAUCAGCUCAGUAGAACCUGAACUCUCAACUGAAUCACAUGAAACUCCUUCUACUUCCAAACCAUCUUCUUCUUCAAAACUUACGCCUCAACCUACCCCAUCACCUAAAACUGUCCCCACGCCCAAAUUACACACACCCCAAUUCUCCACGCCUACUCCCGCACCCAAGUCCCGGAAGGGCAAGAAUGCGCCUGGUCCUCGAUUCAUGGUAGAGACAGACCGACUUGGUGGAGACAGACAAAAUAAUCCGACACAUACAUUACAUAUCAAAUCGACACGUAAUAAUGUUGUCUUAUCGUUAACAGAUGGGAUGGGACCUGUUUUUUCAACUGUAUCAGGAGGUUCUGACAAGAUAUUCAAAAACUCACAACGAUCAAGUUAUGAAGCUGCUACUCAAGCAGCAACCAAAAUGUUCGAAAAGAUCUUAGAAUGGAAUAGAUCGUUAAGCCCAUCCAAUAAAGUUAAUAUAAGAGUCGCUUUUAACGGUAUGUUCGGUAUGGGAAGAGAAGCUAUCAGUAGUGCUUUGGCAGGUCCAGAAGGUCAAGAAUUAAGAAGUUUAAUCACAAGAGUUGAAGAUAGAACUAAAAUUAAGAUUGGAGGUACAAGAGCCCCUAAACCAAGGAGAUUGUAG